GGGACGCCGGAGAGAAAGUGUAGUAAUCCGACAGCGAGCAUGACAGACGCCGAGGCGCAGAGCGCUCCACCAUCGGCACCUGUGGAGGACAAGCCGCAGCCUGAGAGGAAAGUUAUAGCCACAUUGGUCCAAGGUACAGUGAAAUGGUUCAAUGUGCGCAACGGAUAUGGCUUCAUAAACAGGAAUGAUACCAAAGAGGAUGUGUUUGUUCAUCAGACUGCUAUCAAGAAGAACAAUCCUAGGAAAUUCCUCCGCAGUGUGGGAGACGGGGAGGUCGUAGAGUUUGACGUGAUUGAAGCAGCCAAGGGCUCAGAGGCAGCCAAUGUAACCGGUCCAGGUGGUGUUCCAGUCAAAGGCAGCCGCUACGCACCCAACAAACGCCGCUUCCGUCGGCGGUUCUUCCCUCGCAGCGCUCGGCCUGGUGACCAGGGCAAACCAGCUGACGGCCAAGACCCCUCUGUCGAGGGCGAGGGAUCAGGGGAGAACGGUGGAAUGAGACCUCAGCAGCGCCGCCGUCGGCCCCGCAGACCUAGGCAGGAGGCACAAGAUGGUGAGGCUGGGGAGGAAAAGAACGGAGUCGAAGACGGGCAAAUGCAGCGACCACCACAGCGCAGAUUCUGGCGUUCAUAUCGAAGACCGUUCCGCCCUCGCCCAACGACUGAUCAGGCUGCAGAUGACCAGCAGGCUGCUCCAAAAGCGAGCCAGGAGCAAGGCCAGGUGACACAGACAGAGGCCUCUGAGGGCCCCCAGACCAAUGGAGAAACGACAGAAAACCAGAAACAACGCCGACAGUCUAGACGCCGCAGGCAAAGGAACUCAGAGUCCUCUACCUCAAAAAACGAUACAGAGAAGUCUGCAUCAGAUCCUGGUACCCCCCCUCAAACCUCAAAACCAGCCGACCUUAAAUCCACAUCAAAAUCACCAAAGGCCUCCCCCAAAACCUCUCCUAAAACGCCAAAAUUGCCUGAGGAGGCAGCUGCCACAACAGUCCCAGCACCAACAGAGUGACGCUCGUGAGAGGACAGUCGCACGACCCCUGGUCCUUGGGUUGGUGGACUGGACCUAUUUCAGAACACAUGCACUGCCCUCCCCUCCCUGCACUCCCCCAGCCUCCAACCCUCCACCCAGCCUCGCUGUCAUCCCUCAUGCCCCCUCCCGUCUCAUCUUGUCUUGUCCUGUCUAGACACUGACGUUCGGAGAGGGAAGAGGCAGGGACGAAGGGGAUGCAGCUGGGUGGUGGGUGCACAUUUAGAAAGUGAAAGUACAUCUUUAAAAAGAAAAAUCUUUUGUCAGAGAAUGGACAAUCUGCUUGGUAUCCCAGUUAUUCCAACCCCCCUUUAAAAAAAAAACUAGUUUUCUUUAAUUGCCUAGAAGGGACACAUCAAGUAGUUCAUAGAGAAACCAGCCUUGAUUUUUAUUUAACUUUUUUUUUAAUUUGGUUGAAGAGGGGAAAACCAAGCAGGUGUAAGGUUGGUGGUGCAUUAUGGGGGUCAGUUUAGUUCUGUUACCACCUCAGUCAGUCCUUAAAACAUACUGCUCCCUUCAUCUCCUCAUUUGAGGGUAAAUUGAUGAAAAGAGUGUAUUUUUUUGUUUUACUUAUUUGUGUGUGUGCUUUUCUUUGGAGGGGAUUAUGUGCAAUGUCAGUACUUAAAAUGCUGAUUA